AUCGAUAGCAAAGCAUAUGUUUUCCGUCUUUCCGAUUGCAACAAUGCAUAGGUAUUUACUCAACAUUUCUUACAUUGGCACGAGAUUUCGUGGUAUUCAAAAGACGAUAAACAAGUUGGAAGAAUCGCGUCUAGAUACGAAUUCAGUACAAGGUUGCUUAGAGUUAGCAUUGCGCGUUUUUCGUCCCGUCAACGAGAUCCAAACCGUGCUGUCCAGUCGCACAGAUGCCGGCGUACACGCCCUGCACUCGACUGUUCACGUCGAUUUGGAACGCAAUGAUGGCAAAUGCUAUGAUACGACGAUAUUGACGGGCGUGCUCAAUCGUACCCUGGACAAACAGAGCCUGCCCAUACGUGUGCUGAGCACCCAGCGUGUGGCAGAUACCUUCCAUUGUCGGUACCACGCCAUUGGACGCACCUAUUUGUACCGCAUUGCGGUGUCGAAGCAGAAAACAACCCUCCUGCCAGAUGCGAAGAGCAGUAGCUUAAGGAACAGAGCCUUCGAAGCAUUUUUACCCGUUGAGGAGUGGGACAGGUGCUACUUUCUGCAAAACAACAAUUUCGAUAUUGAGCGCUUAAUUGCCGCCUCGCGCAUGCUCAUUGGAGUCCACGACUAUCGCACAUUUAUGAGCGUCAGUAGACAAAAGAGUCCCAGCCGGGAUCAUCCCAUGUUCACAGUGCGCAAAAUCGAUGAGAUCAAUAUUCGUCCUGGUCGAAGCCUUGCAUUGGGCCCAAACGCAACGUUGGCAACAGAAAACUACGACUAUUGGGACAUAGAGAUCAAGGCCAAGUCCUUUCUGUACAAACAAGUGCGACGCAUUGUGGGCACGCUGCUGGCGCUGGCCGAGGGUCGAAUCGACGAACGGUGCAUCUACCAAAUGCUAACGAUUCCAUCCAAGCACAGCUGGGAUCAUCGCAUACAAAUUGCACCUGCGUGCGGUCUUUACUUGUGCCGUGUUCACUAUAGAGAUACGGCCUUUGAGCUUCCAGACGAAACGAUUGCUUAAAAUGAUUUUGCUCUAUGA